GGAGAUUACAAGAUCUCCCCGCAAACAUGGGAGAGAUGUGUUUCCCCAUAAAAUUCGUUUUGCUGACCAAAAUUCAACCAUCUCUUCUACAAUCUCCACACUUUCUCUCACUCUAACUCUUUAUAUCCCACACCAAUAUUUUAUCAAUAUGAACCACUAAUUAAAAUUAGCAAAUUCAUAGUCCAAUAUGAUUUGAAAGAAGAAGAAUAAUACAAGGUGACAAACUCAUCUAUCUAGCUAACACUCAACAUAUUAUGAAUAACUAAAUCAAAAACAUUGAAUCAAAGCACUCAUAUAAAAAUAACUUGUGUUUGUGAUUGUGAGCUCUCUCAAUCUGUCCGGGGACUCAAUGUAUCAUCCAAGGCUUCCUCUUACUUUUUUGUUUGUUUUGCUUUGUGUUUUCUGAUGAAGGGUCCCACCUAAUAAAAAAAACACAUACAAUUUUAAGGUUAUGAUUCUUUACAUAAAUGUUAUAUUUUAAAUGUUAAGAGUUAAUAUGACAAUGUUGUGUUUUGAUUUUGAAUAUAGAAGGUAGAAGGUUGCCGGAAAAUAACACUGUAUGAAGAAAUGUCGCGCGAGAAGCUAGCCGGCUUAUCUCUCGAGGACAUCUUAGCCAAUCAAAAAAGAGCCAACCCUGUACAACCGCCAAGCCAACCACCACCUCCUAAAAGCCGAACCCUCAUAGACAUCAUCAAAGAAGACGAAACCAACAAAAAGGAUCGCAGAUCCUGGAAAGCCUUCAAGGAUAAGCUUCGGCUCAAGCGCGCUGGCUCUGCUUGGACAUCAUCAAUUCACAUUCCAACAUCAGAUAUUCCAAUCCAAAAUCCAAACAGCAGAACCUUUUCCCAAUUCGGUCGUCGUGACUCAGUUCGAGUGCAAAGUCUCCAGGACUCGGACAUGUCAGCUCAGGCCAUGACUCACCAAGUGGAAGACCUUGAUCCGUCAAAUGAAUCCAAUGCUCCAGUUUCUAAACCACAAUUCACUCGCAAGAGCUCAACCCGUUUAACAGGAGAUUCCCCCGAGAGUUUGGUCGGUGGAAGAAAUCUUCGAACACUCUCACGCACGAAUUCCUCCAGUGUAUCAUCAGAGCCAUUUCGAAGAGAGCGUGUGGUGACUUUUCGAGAUAGCUUUGACGAUGAUGAGCCUGGUGAUGAUAGCCUGGAGACAAGCAGCAGAGGGUUAUCAGCGAGGGAGGCGGUGGCGGCACAGGAGGCGGCAGAAGCUGCGGCAGAGGAGGAGGAGGCUGAAGCGGGACCUCCAACAAUGUCGUUGAUGGAUUUGUUAGGGGAGACCGAUAGAGAAUUGGGGUUGGAAGGGUCGAGGUAUAUAUUGAGUGAUGAAGAUGAAGAUGAUGAUUAUUAUGAUGAUGAUGAAGAAGAUGAAGAUGGAGAAAGUGCUUUGGAACAAACUUGUUGUAUUUGUAUGGUGAAGCAUAAGGGUGCUGCAUUGGCAGCUUGUGGUCAUAGUUUCUGUAGGAUGUGUUCAAGGGAGCUUAUGGUUGCUAAGGGAAAUUGUCCACUUUGUAAUAAUUUCAUUUUAGAGAUUCUUGACAUUUUUUGAAUUUGUAUUCAAGUUCUUCUUCUCUUUUCUUUUUGAAUUGGGAAUUCCUUUUUAUUGAUGUGCUACUGUUGUUAUUAUUUUCUGGUUUAAUGUGGAACUUCUGAGUGUGGAUGAUGACCUCACUCUCUAUUUUGUUUGU